CGCCUCACAGAUGAGAACAGACUGGCUGAAAAGGGUUACCGGGGGCUGGUUUGUCCUCGGCUGCAUUAAAGCUGGAGCUGCCGUAGCUGCACACACAUCAAAGCGUUCCUUCUCUCCCUCACUGCAGCUCCCACCGACGGCAGGUCUACUAGACGGUGGAGCCAUUUCUUCUUUUUACACACAGCGGGAUCGGUGUCCGGUCUACAUACGGGGAUAUAAAACGGACAUACUUCGAAUUUCACCCGUCUACGUCGAGCCGUGUCGAGAUGGUGCUCUGAGGAGAAAACUGCACAGGCUCCCCGGUUGUGUUCAUCCUGAGGCUGCAGUGAACGGAGGGGGGGAUUGCGGUACAAUAAUCAGCAUCAAUAAAGGUCUUCUCUGUGAACGGGGACCGACUUCACGAGGGUGAUUCUUGCCCCUGUGCGGGGGGAUCGGCGGAGAAAUAGAUCUAUAAAAAUUAUGGCCACCCUACUGCGGAAGAUCGGUCUGAUCCGCCUGCACGACCGAGACACCGAGGACCCAAAGCACCACCAGGGCUCGCUAAAGGGGACCAAGGGGAACCAGAAAAACAACGCCAACAAACACUGUCAGACCGCCAACGAAACCAACAUCCUGAGCACCCCGGAGAUUAAGGCCAGGAAGCUGGACCAGCUCGGCAAGGACAAGCCGUCCGGCAAGGAUAAGCAGGGCAAAGAUGUUGCAAAGGAGAAGCAGCAGACGGGAGGAGGCGGGAGUAAAGCGACCACUGCCUCCUCGAUACCACCGCUGGCGCCUCACCGGCAACACUGCACCCAGGUCCGGACGCGGAGGCUGAUGAAGGAGCUACAGGAGAUCCGGAGGUUAGGGGACAACUUCAUCACGGUGGAGCUGGUGGAGGACAACCUGUAUGACUGGAACGUCAAGCUGCACCAGGUGGACAAGGACUCGGCGCUGUGGCAGGACAUGAAGGAGACCAGCACCGAGUUCAUACUGCUUAACGUCACCUUUCCCGACAAUUUCCCCUUCUCGCCGCCGUUUAUGCGGGUCCUGACGCCCCGGUUGGAGAACGGUUACGUGCUGGACGGCGGGGCCAUAUGCAUGGAGCUGUUGACCCCCCGCGGAUGGUCCAGCGCCUACACGGUGGAGGCGGUCAUGAGGCAGUUUGCGGCCAGCCUCGUAAAAGGACAGGGGCGUAUAUGUAGGAAAGCAGGGAAGUCUAAGAAAGCGUUCAGCCGUAAGGAAGCCGAGGCCACCUUCAAGUCCCUGGUGAAGACCCACGAGAAGUACGGCUGGGUGUCCCCGCCUGUGUCCGACGGCUGAGUGCUCCGCCGCCGACCCUCCGACCCCCUGACCCCCGCGCUAGCCCAGCUAGCCCCGACACGCAAAACAACACACCACGCUAACUCAACAAUCUUCCAUCUUCACCUUUUGCUGUUUUACUCAAAAAGUUUUUUGUUUUUUUGGGGGGUUUUGUGUGUCUGUGUUAUUAUUUUUUUUGGAAUUUGUUUUAGUCCUUAUCUCCACCAAAACUCUCGGAGAGCAGACACACCGCCAUCAUCGUCACUCCUCCACCAAGAAGAUACUUUCGUUCCCCUCCCUCUCGCCCACGGAGAUUCUUUCCCCCAUUUUGGAAAGACCUAAGAGGGAGGUGUGUGGGUAUGUGUGUGUGUUUGUAUGUGUGUGUGUGUGUGUGUUUGUCACUCACUUGGAUAUCAACUGGGAGUAUGUGCAUGUGCAUUGGAGUGUGCGUUACUAUCGGUGGAUUUCUUUUUCAGAUUUUUUUUUUUUUGUCGUAACGCACACCCAUGAACAUACAGGAUAAAUCGGACAGUGUGGACUUUUCCACCCAUGUGAAAGACUACUGAAUGAAGAAGACUCAUCCCACUCUCCUGUCCUUGCCAUCCCAUUCUCUCCCUCUCUUCCCAUCCCUCUCUCCCUUCUUCUCUACAGCACUGAACUGGCAUCCCUUCCCGCCGUCUCUCUCUGUAGCUGUCGGGUCAUUUGCAUAUAAAUGAAGUUGUUAAUGUUUAAUAGACGGGCACCGCGCUGGCAUUUCUACUCACUCAUUUACUCCUUUAUUUCCCCUUUCUUUCGACUGUGCCGUUGCUCACAGUUCAAUGCAACACGAUUGUAAUUUACAUGGAGCUGUGCUCUCUCUAUAUCUCUUUCUUUAGCUCGCUCGUUCACUUUGUUUCUCAUUCUUUCUCUCCGUCUCCUGUAGCUAAAUUUAGAGCUCACUGUUGCUUAGAUGGAUAUUGAUUUCUAAUUGAGAAAUAAAAAGUCACACGUUGCUUUAUGCAGAGACUAUGUAUGAUAGAAUAGAAUGAAAGUCAAUCAUCUCUCUCUCUUUCUUUCUUUCUCUCUACUCUCAUGUUAGUGUGUGUGUGUGUGUGUGUGUGUGUGUGUGUGUGUGUGUGUGUGUGAGAGGAAGGAGACUGUAAUUCCCAUGAUUUAGAUACCAGAUGGUACAGCUGAAGGCUAGGCCUAAGUGUGUGUGUGUGUGUGUGUGUGUGUGUGUGUGUGUGUGUGUGUGUGUGUGUGUGUGUGUGCGCGUGUGUGCGUGCUUGUGUGUGUGAGCAAGGGAGACAACCCUUUAAACAGAGAAGAAUAUAAUUUACUGUGAAUGACCCUAAGGCCUAAAGGGAGUGCUGUAUUCUUUGUUGGAUUACUUGUCACUGUCUUGUUCCUCUUUCUUUGUCAGAUCAUUAGCAGGCCUACUGUAAACACGUGUGUGGUUGCGACUGAAUAUCUCGUCUGUCUCUUUCCGAUUCCAUGUAAAGAACUAAAGGUCAGUAGAAUAUACGCUUCGGAUGUUUAGCUGUGCUCCAGACGAAUGCACACACACAUGAAAGCUCGCCCACACACUCAUGCAUACACCUGCAGCCUUUACGCCGGCAGUAACACCUAGAAAUGAAUACAGACGGAGGGCUUGAGCGCCGCCGGGGAUGGAGUGCUGCUUUAAAUGAGCAUACACUUCAGAGCCCGCCUGAUUGAUGUCCGCUGGAAUAGAGAGACUCAAGGUAAUAGGGAGAGGAAGAGGAGAAGAAGAACAGAGGGAGAGGAGGGAAUUGCGGGAGCUUUGAUCACCACUGGCUGCUUCUAGAAAUGUCAGGUGGCUUGCAAAAUGGCCGAAAACAGAUAUUAUUUGCUGUCCCCGCUGUGAUUACUUAAGAGACAUACAGUUCCCGAGUUCCAACCUUUAGUUCCAAGGACUUUAUAAAUAUCUGCUCUACAGCUGCAGCAACGUCAGUCUUAAUCUUAAUCUUUCUGACGCCUACUAGCCACCGACUAGCUGUCCGUCCAAUCCAGUGGGCUCCUUGUGUGUUUGUUUUGCUAUCUGCCAGUUAAAUGUCAGAGGGAAAGCUGCUAAUUGGUCUGACAUUUCAGCAGAGUGUCAUUAGAGAACAGCAGCUGAGAGCAGAAGGAUGGAGGAUGUCAAACCUCCCGCUCGGCACUGACAUUUUAUCACUUUCCGCUCCUGCUCCGUGUUUUGGGGGAAGGAGUGUAGGGAAGGCAGACAGCGGGUUAGGUGAGGAGAGACAGGGGUGUAGGAGCAUCUGGAUGCCAGUCAGCUCUCAGCAGGCCCAACCCUAAUCCUGGAGCAGAAUGUUUAAACCGCUGAGCUGAAGCCGAGCCGUGCUGCCAGCAUGCCGCGUUUGGAUCGGGUUGCGCCGCGUUUCAAAGCCCCCCCUUGUGUCGCGUGGUCGAUAACAAAUGUCCGUCUGUGUGUGAGUGCAUGUGUGAGCAAACAUGUGUGUUGCACUCCCAUCGUGAAAAAAAAGAGGCAAAAGAGUAUAAAAAAAAACAAAACAACAACACCAUCUGGUAUGUGAUCAUGUACGAAAGCGUGUUAGCCCUCUUUGAAUUUGGCUAGUCAUUUCAGGGUCGAUCGUAUGGUGAUCAAUCGGCUUGUCAGCGGAGAAAACUGUAAACUGAAUUAUUGUUAAGAGAAAAUAUCUCAAAAGCUGAGGUUUCAAGAGAAUCAUUUUGUGAUAUAGUUUAGAUUGGUAGUUUGCAGACACUAACUGGGUGAAUUGAUUAUGUUGUAUUAUAUCUGCAUGUGAUAUGUGAUUGGUAGCUAGCUACUGUAUAUCUUUUUUCAAGAAAAGCAAGAAAAAACUACGGUAAAAAACAAAACUGCAAAUGCUUCUCUUUUCUUGUUCUUUUUUUUUAUUUUUUUGGGUUCUGUAUUGUAUGUAUAUUUCUUUUCUUUCGAAGCCUCCUAAAUAAUGUCACAUUGUGUUAUAUGAAUGUUUGUGUUUUAAUUUAUUUGUGGUGGCCAAAAUGACUAUUUGAAGCAUGUUGCAGGUAAUGUCACAAAAAAAUGAGAAGAAAAAAAAAAACCUUGCUAAGAACGAUAGCCUAUGUAUUAGUGUGAUCAGGGGAAGGUGUGUUUAUUUGGGGGGAUUUCAGGGAGUAAAGAAGGACAGAAGGUUGCAAAGCCUCAAGAUUAUAAAAGGGAGUAUUUUCUUCAUUGGGAGAGCAUCAAAGUGGAAUCAAGAAAAUUCCUACGCUCCCUUGAAGACUUUCUAGUCGCCUCCAUGAUGUCACUACUGUCCCUUCCCCGUUGGUCCUGCUGUAGACAGUGAUUUGGCUUAUGGGUAAUGCAGUCAACACAAAGAUCUGGACUGAAGUUUUCCCCAGUCACAGAUCAGGGAUCAGUGAGACCUCCCUAUGCUUCAAAUCCCGCUCGUAAAGGGAAUGUGCACAUCUGACCUGUGAUCAGUUACUCUGGGCGACUUUAUCCCACUCCUGACUCGAGUGUUUGGUCGAGACCAAGGUCUUAAAAGGUGAAAGGUCGUUGCAAGACCAAACAGGAAUGUGCAAUAAAAGUUACAGCUUAUUCAAACUCUG